AUGGCCGCUGCGACCCAUCCAUAUAGGAGGACGCUGGAGAUUUCGUCUACGAGAGCUAAUGGAGAAGUGGAAGCGAACUCGCGACGCAACAAUGAUAAUAAGAACGACAGUUUGUUUUCAUUGAGCAGUAAAACCCAAUUGAAUGACAAUGGUGAGCUUUUUGAUAAAUCUUUUAAGCUCUCAGCUCUGCCAUCUCCUCCGACGUUGCUUGCACAACGGGCAGUUUCGUCGCCAGUUAGUUCUUUAAGUGAGACGCCUGGUUCGUCAAGGAUACAACUCGUCGACUCGCGAGAGAGCAGCAACGACGUGGGAGAGUUUAACGAUUCAGGAUCAGGGUCUACAAAAUUCAAAUCCAAGAAAACCCGGCCGAAAUCUGUCGAUUUGUCGCAUUUGUAUUUGAUGAGCAAUGGUAACACACAGUACACUUCCACAAACGAGUCCGUCGCGGAUUUGUCACACCAAAUGAUAAGCAAGUAUCUUGGUGAGGAGAACAACUCUAUUUUGGUUCCGCGGUUGAAAACGAUCGCGAUGUACAAGCAAAAUGUCAAGAAAUCUAAGGAUCCUAAUGUGCUUUUCCAAUAUGCUCAGUAUAUUCUUCAAACGGCACUUUCAAUCGAUGUCGACUCCACAGACAAAAUUCAGGAUGAAACUGAAACGAACGACGGCUCCGUGUCGCCAGGUGCGCUGAAAAAACAGUUUUUGAAAGAUGCCCAGCACUAUUUGCGGAAACUGAGCGUCAAGGGCUACUCGGAUGCGCAGUAUUUGCUUGCAGACGCAUAUGCGUCUGGUGCGUUCGGUAAAGUUAACACCAAAGAAGCUUUCGUGUUAUUCCAGUCUGCAGCCAAACACGGUCACAUUGAAAGUGCCUAUAGAACCGCCCACUGCUACGAAGAAGGUUUGGGCACGACAAGAGACUCUCGACGCGCUAUCGAGUUCUUGAAAUUUGCCGGUAGCAGAAAUCACCCUUCCGCGACUUACAAACUGGGUCUCUAUUCGUUUUACGGACGUAUGGGCAUGCCUAAUGAUAUAAACACGAAACAGAACGGCAUCAAGUGGCUGUCUCGGGCCACUGCGCGUGCUAACGAGCUUACGUGUGCUGCGCCUUAUGAGCUUGCAAAAAUUUACGACAAUGGAUUUAUGGAUAUCAUCAUUCCAGAUCAAAAAUAUGCUAUGGAGCUAUACAAUCAAGCGGCGUCUUUGGGUCACAGUCCCUCUUCGACUAUUCUAGGCAGAGUGUAUGAGACUGGCAAUGACGUGGUUCCUCAGGAUACAAGUUUGAGUGUGCAUUACUACACGCAGGCUGCGCUUCGCGGUGAUCCCGAGGCCAUGAUGGGUUUGUGCGCGUGGUACAUCGUUGGUGCUGAGCCCUCUUUCGACAAAGAUGAAAAGGAAGCCUUUCAAUGGGCCUUACGGGCUGCAACAGCGGGGUUUGCCAAGGCUCAGUUCGCGGUGGCUUAUUUUUAUGAGAAGGGAAAAGGCUGUGAAGUGGAUAUGGACAGUGCCAUGGAUUGGUAUCAGAAAGCUGCAGAUCAGAAGGAUCCGAGGGCGAUAAAUAAGCUCCAGACCAACGGCAAUGGAACUCCGUUCAAACCGUCGCACAGUAAGAAAUCUAAAAGUAUUUCCACGCUAAACUUAUUUGCAAGCAACUCCACUCAAGACUUCCGGAACACCUCUGGUAGCACAGAACAUAGCACAUUCAAAAAACCUAGUGGCUCGGCUGUGGAUCUUCGUAUAUCUGCGACAGAACGCCACGAUCGUGGAUUCGAACAGCCCAUCGCAGGCCACGAAAAUUUAUCAACGGCAGGAGCUGAGCCCGGGCCUUCAGGCAACGAUGGUGCUAAGGAGUUCACCCUUGAGGCAUCCAGCGUUCCCGCGGGUAAAACAAAACGCGGCAAGAUACUAUCGUCGCGGAAAAGUUCAGGCGAGUCCAAAAAAAAAACUGUGUCGUGA